UCUCUUCACACAAAAGAACGCUGGUUCAUGUGAUCGCCAUGUGAGCACCAUGCUCGUCACCGUGUGACGCGUCAUGUGGCGAUGGGUGGUGGCACUGGCCCUGCUCAGCCUCGGUGGCGCGUGGUGGUUUGGUGUCGCGAACUGUCGAGUUCCAGGAAAACGCGCCGUCGAAGCACCAAAGAAGCGUGCAGGGAAAGCGCGGGGUCCAGCUGUGCCAGCGACGUCCAGUGAAGUCCAGCAAGCGCGUUUGGAUGCGUGGCUACCACAACAUAGGCCAAAUGGCACUAUGCUGAAGUCCGCGCUCGCUCGCUCCGAUGGACUCUGACAACGAUCCGAUUCCGAUCGGCGCAUCGCCCGUUGAAAGCCGCGCCCUUCUCGGCUCCGUUGAUGUCGUUCUCGGCUCGUCGGAGAACGUGCGAGCGCCGCGGGCAGCGCAGUAGCUCGCUCCGGAGCGCUUUUAGCGGGCAGCUCGCGCGACCAAGGCAGCCGUGGGUGUCUGGAGGGCAGGGAAAUCCUUGCGUGCCUGCGCUACAUCACUUACCGCCUCGAGGCGAUUAUGAAUAUCAUCCCAGUGAUCUGGAGAAGCAAUGGAUUGAUGUCCGUCGGAGGGGCAAGAUUUGCGCCACCGCCAAAGAGCAGGAACAACAGGCACAGCUUUGGCUGAGCUACACGGCCAGCGUCUUCCAAGCGAAGCAACGGCCGGCGAGGGAACCCACGGAGGAAGAAGCGGGCGUCUUGUCCUAUUUCUCUUAUCCUCGACCGGACGGCAGCCGAGUGAACCGCUAUCUGGAACCUUUACAUGGCGCUGCGGGGCAUCCGCUGGCCUCGGAAGGAUGUGCCAUGGGCAACCAAAGCAUUGACGAGCAGAACGUCACGUACUUGCUACCUGAAAAUGCUUGUACGAAGGAGGGCAACAGAACCAAAGGUGUGUUCUUCGACCUGGGAUGUGGUGCAAAUGUGGUCGGCUUUGAGAAUUAUGACUAUGCCGCCGCUGCCAAUGGUUCUGGCAUGCGAUCAUCGAUCCCAUUCUUCUUCAGAAUGUAUGCCGACCGUUGCAUUGACUUUCAAGCCAUCUAUGCAUGGCAGGCGGAGCGCGUGGACCACAAGCACUUCUGGGACCCUCUGCCCGAUCCGAUCCGCGCGCGCUUCCGCUUCUUCAACCGGCCGGUGCAGGAGCAUCUGUGCCCUGACUCGCCACAGGGGAACCUCACAGAGCGCGGAGGCUUCUUGAAGCUGCUCACCGCCACCGUGUCGCUGGAGGACUACGUGGUGGUGAAAGUGGAUAUGGGCUCUCUGGCACUGGAGACGAGGGAACUGGCCAUUGUGGAGUCCAUUGCACACCUCCCGGAGUUGUCGAACCUCAUCGAUGAGCUGUAUUUCGAUUAUCACUUCUACACCGGGAUCGGAGGGGACCACUUUGGCGGACGCGACGUGGACACGGCCAUCAAUCUCAUGCUGCGCGCGUGUGGCGAGUCGAUGUGUCAGACUGUAGACAACUGCCUGUGCAUGGAAAUCAGUGGAUUCUGCGUGGUGGCAGAGCUGGGAUGUCUCUCCCAUCGCAGGAUUGCUCUGGUCCGACUGAGUAAGGUUGCUCUGGUCCGCUUGAUGCAUGACUUGAGGGCAGAUGUCGAACAACUUGGGACAGUUUUGAGCCACAGAUGGAACUUCAUCCCCACCAAGGGUACCACCAUCCUGGUUCUCACCCCCUCCCAGGCCUACUCGCCGCGCUUGCGCUUCAAGAUGUUGGAUGCCCUGGAGGCUCCACCGAGUUUGUGGGUUUGUGUGGUGCCCUUUUCUCCCACCCUGGCGCGGGCUGCAGCGACUCGGCACUGGACCUGUUUCACGCUGGGCGCUCGAGGUGACUCGGCGCAGCUCAACGCCGCCAUGGCGGCCACCGAGCGGGCAGAGGGGACACCUCCCAGUGCUGGCCGAUUCUGUCCGGGCUCAGAGCUGACGGGUCGAGAGUCGGUCGGCGACACCAUGGCGCCUUCCAUCACGUGCGUCGACUUCGGCCGCGCGGAGACCGGGAAUCCCUCCGCGCGGCCAGCAGCGCGAGGGGCCGAAGCAGAUCAAAUGCCCUUGGCCAGCGGGCGUCAAAUGCUUCCUAUGUACCGCAGCACCCGGGGCGGAGCCACGGGCUUAAGCUUUGAACAAGCAGUUUUUGAAGGCUUGGCGCCUGAUGGAGGAUUGAUGGCUGCUCGACCCGAGCUGGGUGGGUGCAGGACCACCAAAGGCCUGAGGGUGCUGGUAGAAGUCUCAGAGACCAAGUGCCCGCAUGAUAGGGAUCUUCCGGAUCAUUUGCGCAUCGUGAGCGUGAGACCCAGAAAUAGCUCGGCCUUGAUCAGCUUGGUUCCAGAGACGGUGCCAGAUGUCUCCAAGAUCUACAAAGGCUGGUCCAAGUUGAAGUUUCAUGAGUUGGCCUUCGAGGUGGCGAGCCUCUUCUGCAGCACGGACGAGGUCCCGUCCGCGGAUCUCCGACAGCUCAUGCAGCGGAGCUAUGAGGACGGAGUGAACGACUUGUAUGUCAUGGAGCUCUUUCAUGGCCCGACCUUCGCCUUUAAGGACGUCGCGCUGCAGGCCCACCAGCGUUUGCAUGCGCCUUCGUCUCACCUCAUGAAUUAUUUGAGCGCCCGAAAGGGCGGCCACAACUUCCUCCAACGUGGCGACCCGAAGCCCCGGGUGACGCGAACCACGCAGACGGAAGGCGGCGAAAACGGCGGCGAACACGGACUCCAACGAGGCAUCUCGGCGGGCGAGAACUCGCCGAGGAAUAUGCAGUCUGGAUCAAGAAAUGGAUCUCGCAUGGGCUCCAGAUCCAACUCGAGGUCGGGCUCGCGCAACGGCUCGCGGCACGGCUCGCAGGAUGCGGACGCCUCGGAGACGUACCAGGCCGUGCACCACAUCCGAAGCAGUUUGAAACAAGGCGGCACGGAGUCCCAAGAUAUGCACCGGACGGACUCGUAUCGGGCCAAGGCGGCAGCGGGGGCAGGCACGCAGUCGCACGAUGUCCAGGGCUUUGAGGUGCAACACACCGAGUCGGCCCGGAAGAUGCUGGAAGUUCCGGCAGGUCGAACCUAUCGGAAGCAAAACACGCACGAGUCCUUGAACUCCUGCGCCCGCUCUGAGCAAGGCAGCGGCGGCAAGCGCGGCGGCGUGAUGACGUCGUUGGACGAGUCCGAUGGCGAUGCCCAAGGUUCGAAUGCUGUCAAGCCGACGGGUUCCAUUCGGGAGUCCAAGGACUUCAAGCCUAGGCACAAGGCGAAUGCCUCAGCGAAAGCUCUCAUCCAGACACAGCGUCUCAGGAGCAUGAGCAAGUCGAACUUGAACGACCAGCCGCCGACGCGAUUCCCCAAGCUGAGUGGCUUCUGCCUCUAUGUCGUGGAUGACACUGCGUUUAUGUCCCUCGUGGUCUUGGUGAUUUUCGGGCAGUCCGUCUACAUGGGCUUGGAAGAUGAGGGGAGCCUUGUGGUGGAUGUGCUCUUCACCGUGUUCUACUUCCUGGAACUUACCAUGCGGCUCAUCGCCUACGGGUCCGACUUCUUCAAGAGUGCCUUCAAUCUGAUGGAUUUAGGUCUCAUUGUGAUCUCCUUCGUAGACCUUUUGAUCGUCAUCAUUCGAGGAAGUAGCUCCCUUGAUGUCAUGGUGAGUCUGCGGCUCUCGCGUCUCUUGCGCUUGGGCGGCCUGGUGCGACUGAUCCGCUUGCUGCGCUUCUUCAAGCCCUUAUACCUCCUUGUCACGGGCAUCAUGGUCUCCCUGAGGACGGUCGUCUGGGCUUGGUUGCUCAUGAGUUUGAUCAUCUAUGUCUUUGCCUUGGUCUUCUACCGUGCCCUGAAGCCUGACAUCUGUCCCGGAGGUGUGGCGGAGCAAGAUCCGGAGCAGGGAUACUUUGACCUGAUGAUGACCUACUACGGAUCUUUGACCUUAUCAGUGUUUACUGUCUUUCAGAUUACCACCUUGGAGGACUGGCCGCAGGUGUCCGACGUGAUGUCGAAGCACCAUGUGUGGCUCGGUGUCAUGGUCAUUCUUCUGUUGGUGCUGACCGCCUAUGGUGUGAUGAACGUCACAGUGGCCAUCUUCGUGAACAGCGCGAUGGAUGCGUCCUCGGUCCGUUCGCGCGACAUCGCCAAGAAGGCGAAGGAGGAAUAUGAAGCUACUUGCAAGUCCUUGUAUCAGGUCUUCAAAGAUGCGGAUAAUGAUGGAAAUGGAACACUCUCCAAGGAAGAGUUCAACAAGGCCAUCAAAGAGAAGAACCUCUUGGCCCGCUUGCACGGCGCUGGCAUCGAUGAGGGCAGUGCCUCAUCACUCUUUGACAUCUUGGACAUCGAUGGUAGUGGCACCUUGGAUGGCAAUGAGUUCGUGGAGGGCGUCUUGCGCUCCCGAGGAUACGCACAGAACAAGGACAUGGUCGGCCUCCGCUGUGACGUAUGGAGAGCCAACCUGAGCGUACAAGAAGAGAUCAGACAGGUGAACGUCUACUUUGAGGCAAGAUUGCUGGAAACGAAGCAGAAGCUGGAGAACCUGAAGGAGGUGGCUGGUCCGGUCCUCCGCCGGGCCAUCGAGGAGGCCCGCAAGAAGCCCGUGAAAGCGCGGCUCUCCGCGGGGCCCACGAUGACCACCGCCGAGCAGACCACGGAGGACCACGACGACAGCGCCGUGGCCGUCCGGCCGUCCUUGAAGUCGGGUUUCUCCUUCGAGGACAGCCACUGA